CCUAGAGGUUUAUUAAGAAUGGAGGUUAAGUUGGAUGUCCUCAUCUCUACGUGUAUCAAGCAAAGCAAGCCAUGGCCUCGCAUCUCAUGGAUUGGACAGGAAAAAGAGGCUGUUUUUCUUCUAGAUGAUAAACGUAUAAAUGAAAUUAACCUGGCAUCUGGGAAGACAAGGAAGAAGAUCCCUCGGCUGCAGUCAUUGUUGAAAAAUGUAGUUGUUUUAACAACAUCAAGAAAUUGUGCUUGGUUGGCAGGAAUGCUUACAACAGGAGAGCUGUUUCUGUGGAAUAAAGAUCAGGACUGCUUGAAAAUUGUGCCAGCAAUCGAAGAGUCUAAGAAGGUAGUUGCAGCAGCACAAGAUUGUUUAAUGAGAUUGUACUUGUACGUAUCUGGAGAUGGCAGAAAGGCACUAUUAACAACUCCUACAGCAUGUGUCUUUUUGUGGGAAAGCACAGAGCAUGAAGACGCAUCCUCAUAUAAAAAUUCUUCUGCUGGGCGUUGGACUCAAGUUUUGCCUGAUGAAUCAGUCUUGUUGCCUUCUACUGAAGAAAAAGAAAUUGGAGUCCAUGCUGCUUUCAUACAAAAUGAGAUACUGGGUGAUUGCUGUUUGUGCUCUUUUGUGUUUUACUCUGGAGAAUGUUUGGUCCUCACAUUUUUGAUUCUUCGAUGGCAUGAAAAUAGCUUUAAAUAUGUUAGUUCUUUGCCAUACCAAAUCCAUUGGGUACAGCAGACUUGUUCUCUUGUUAAUUUAGUUCCUCAUUGUGUGUCUGUAAAGUCAAGAGGAGCUUUGCUGUGUGCAUUUGCAAGAGAUGGACUUCUGCUUGCAGUAGCUGUUAAUCAAACGGAUCCAAAGGCAACUCAGAUUUUGUUUUUAAACACGUUGAAUUUUGUAACUGUUUCGGGUAGCCUUAAAGGUUGUAGUAGCAAGAAUAGCAUGGUCCCAUCCAAGUUUAUCAGAUCUUACUGGGUUGGCGAUAUGAGUUGGACUCCGGAUAGCCUUUUCUUGGCUUGUAUGUUAAAACGUGGAUCUUUGAUUUUGUUGACAUGUACGGGUGAAUUGCUGACCUUGAUUACUUCUGGCUGCUCUGUAGAAUUUGGACCAGCAGAGUUUAUUCCAUUUCAUCCACUAAUAACAUACAGACAGCAGCACUCUGUUUGUCAGGACUCUAGUCAGUCUCUUGGUUCUUCAGCUUCUGAAAGUGACCUUACGAGACAGAGAUUCUCUGUUGCUUCACAUUCAAGAUUACCGUACCUUGUCAUCUCUGAUGGAUACAUGAUAACAGUGCUUAGAUUACCUAACAACUUUUCAUCAUCAGGAUUUAUAAGAUCCCUUUUGCUUGACUCAACCCAGCGCCUUGAAAAUAUCCGUCAGAAUUUGCUGAACUUCAAGCCUAAAAGGAGACCUCUGUGUUUACGAUCACUGUUGUCUUUAAAAGCUAGUCUUCUAAAAGAUGCACAAAACCAAAGUUCCAUCUUUUCCACCAUUCCGAAAUUCCUGGAAGAGAACACAACAGAAAUGAGUGAGAAAAACAUGGAUUUACUGGAUUAUGAAGAAGAAUCAGAUGAUGAAAAGCAGUUUUGCAGUAGCCCUGCCAGCUUCUGUAGCCAAAGAAUCCAUUCACUUGUUGGUAAAGCUGGUCAAGGCCACUUGGAAUUUGCGUCAAUGUUUGAUACUGUCCAUGCAAAAGACAGUACUGAAGAGAAAGAUGUAUUAUCCCUGGAACUAUAUUCCAUACAGAAAAACCUCUUUGCUGCAUGGCAGAUAGGGAUUUCAAAAAAUACAGAAGAGAAAGAUACAUUGCUGAAUUACACAGUGAAUUGCAUUAUCCAUUUUUUCAACAUUAUUCAGUUUGUGAAAUGUUCCUUGCUAAACCAGGGUCUAUCUUUAAACAAGUGUGUGAAGAAUACUCACUGGAUGCAUUGUGUCCUGAAAUAUUUUCAGCAGUGCUUAACUGUCCUGAACUGGCAUUCAAGAGCCAGUCUGACUGGGCAUGUGGCAAAGCUGACAUUACAAACUUUAAAACUGAUGCUUAUACAGCAACAAGAUCAAUUGUUCUCAGAAAACCUUUUGGCAUGCUUCUGUCUCUUGAAGAUGGUUUCUCACACUCUAAGCAGCCUGUGCAUACUACAGUAUGAGAAUUUUUUUGCAUCUCCUAAUGGUGAUGGUCUUGUUAAACUUGAUUCCCUCACUAUGCCUAUUUUCCUGGUUCUUGAUGAGAGUACUACUCAGCAAUUCAGCUCACUGAAAUCCCUGCUUAGAGAGCCUCCUCAAGCAGUAAACCAUGAUGCAAAAACAGAAAAAAGGCUGAUUGUACUAUGGCGACUGUUGUAUAAGAAGGUGGUUUGGUAUCAGGUGCAGCUGAACAGAAAAGUGAACAGGAAUGAAGAAGAAGACUCUGUUGUCUCAUCACUUUUAAGUCAUAUACAAGCAACCCUCCAGUCAUCAGGAGUGACCUUAGAACAACAUCUGAAGAUUAAUUCUGUAUCUGGUGAGGAGAAGUUCCUUUUAGGCUCAUACAGAGAGUCUGUGGACAUUUGGAAAAGAUCUCUCUGUGAAAUAAAGGCAAAAGGAGGAAAAAGAAUAUGUUUUCUUCAGAGUAGAUACUACCUUGCAAUAUUAUUUUGCCAUCUGUAUCAAUAUAACUUGUGUGAGGCUCAGGGACUCUGUGAUCAUCUGGUAGGAGAGAUUCUGCGGCGAUCACAGCUCUCAGUGAGUCAGAUGGAAAAAUUUUCUGAUACCAAGUAUUUUCAGCAUGAACUAUGGAUGGUCACAGAUGUUCAUACUGAAACUGCUAUGGCUGUGAUUCGAUCCAUGGCACGAUUCAUGGCCGCUUAUUUCACAAAUCGGGUGUUGUAUAUCUUUCCCCCACAUAAUGUUGACGUUCUGCAUCCACUUCACAUUAAACAAGGCUUAUCUGCUCGUAUUAUUCCACUGCAACACUGUUUGGUUGCCAGAGCUGUCCGGGACCAGAACCUUUCAUCUGUGUGGACAGCUGGAUAUGCUCUUGAUUUGUUCUUUAUUGGUGGACUCAUUCCAGAGGCUGUGUGGUUAACACGCAGACUUGGGAACUGGAAACUGUCUGUUUCAAUUGGUAUGGCCUACCAGAUGUAUUGUCAGAAUUCUGAUGAAUUGUCAAGACUGAAAAACACAGAGUGUCACUUGCCAUUAAACUUAUCACCAAUGCAGACUUUUCCUGAAAAGUUACAGUCUUUGUUAGGACAGCCAGUUACUUCUGAAACAUCAGGAUGUAAUAAAUACAAGCAGUUUACAGAUCCCAUUGAAGAGGAAGAUGCACAUGUUCUUUAUAGUUCAAUACAGGAGCUACUGAAAGCAGCUGUUAUGACAGAUACUGAUAUUCUCUCAGAACCGUUUCAGCUUUUGAUGUAUUCUGCCAAGGAUCUUAGUAGAAAAUUGUAUGGUUUAGUUCCAGAUGGGCUUUAUCUUCCAGCACCACCAUUAUACUGUCCUCAGCCAGCUUACCUCAGUGAAGAAGACUGCAACGACAUUCUUUUAAAAAUUGAGAGAGAAAGUCGUCAGAAAGUGUCAGGAGUUCUUCAGCGAAUUAUUUUGCUCUUCCGGGCUGCUCGUUUUUCCUGCCCUGCAGCACAGUGGUAUAUUGCACAACUGAAGAGGGCAAGAAAAGUUAUGCAAAAAAUUCGAAUGAAAGGAUCUCUUCCUUCACUGAGUCCACUCCCAGAGAAUUUGCUUCGUUACUCCAGUUUCCGCACUGUUUUCUGUGGAUCUACAUCUUCUGGAAACUGUCAGUUUGAUGAUAUUACCUGUAAAAUUUUAGGUUGGUUCAGAGAGCUAUGCGCAUUAUGUUGGAUGUUUCAUGUUCGUGAAAGAUUAUCUGACAACUGUAGGCGGUACCAAACUGCAAGGGAAAAUAUUAGUCAUAAGGAUCUGAAGAAGAAUGAACAUGAUGCCUCUGCAGUUGAGCAUUGUCUGAAGGCAGUGGAGUGGGCUUGUCGAAUGCUUCCUUUCUGCAGGUUCAUGAAUGUUGAAGAAUUAGUUCAAGAUGUAAUUUUGAGUCUGCUUGGAGAAUUACCACCAAUGAAAAAGGUGGCAGAGAUUUUUGUAAAAGCAUUUCCUAAUCCUGAAGAUGUAAGAGUUCCGCUAAGAGAUAAAUAUCAUGGACUUCAGCAGCGACUCAGACACAGUAUUAUUAAAGGUCCUGAAGGUGAAGAAAUGAUGUCUGUUGUUAUAGAGGCUGCUGAAAAAGUGAGAAUGAAGGCCUUGAGACGUGUAAUAAGGAACAUAGGCCCUAUAGAAAUUAAUAUUUGGGAGCCAGCAGAAGAGGGAACAGCAGAUGAUGAGGAACACUGUUAUGACAGAUUCUCAUUAGGCACUAGUCUAAGCAGAAGCACACUUACUGAUCUUGGGAAUCCACAGGUAUAUAGUGACGCUGACACAGCAGAUACACUUUCUGAUGCUUUGUUUGAAGAAACAAGAGGUCAAACACCUUCACUCCAGAGGGAUAAUGAACAUCAAAGACAAGGGGAAAUAGGCAGCAAAAAUACCACACACAAGAUAAAAGCUCUUAACUGGAAAACAAAACAUAAAAACAAAGUAUUUGGAAAAGAGAUGCAUAAUCCAUGUAAUUUGCCUGUCGUUGGUGCCUGGGAAUUUGAACGUGAUGAUGAUGAAUACGUUAUUUUUUUAGAGCUCUUUUUGAGUUAUAUUCUUGAGAGAGACUUGAUAAAGUACAGUGACCUUGGAAUUCCAUUUCUUACUAGCUAUUCUGGACUUCUUCGAGAGCAUGAAUUAAACUCUCUCUUUUUUGAUGUUCAUACAACACUAAAGCGUCGACAAGGCAAAACUAGAAGCCAAAGUGUGUUUAGAGCAGGGUCUUGCUAUACUGUCACCCUGGCAUCUUGUGAUCCUGAAACAGUGUCUGUCAAUAAUGAAAACCAAAAUAUUUUGGAAAAUCCAGCCAUUGUGCAGACAACAAAACCUUCUAUGUGUGACCUAAUCAAAGGACUUAAUGAAGGAUUAUUUGGUUUAAAACACAAGUCAAUUUACAGAACUCAGAGUGACAAUCAAGGAGUCACUGUUGCACCAGCAAGCCAGACCUUUCCUAACCAUACUUUUUCUAGCCUGCAAACUCAGGCAACUUCUAAAUACAUUUACAAACCUGUUGAUACAGUUGGUAUUGCACUGGGAGAAGAAUUAGCUAUAGAAUUGAUAGGUAAAUUGAGCAAUAUUGCAAAAUUGCUUGAGUGGAUGAUCAGAUGGUCUGAUAAAAGACAGCUUUUUGGUUCCAAUGAACAAGAUUCCUUAGAAGAGAUUUUUCCAGUGAUACAUGUGAAAACCUCAUCAGCUGCUGUCCUUACUUCUUUGUGGCUGUUAGAACAGUUAUACAGAGACGAAUCUCAAGCACAGAGCAUAAAAUGUAAGAGUCCGGAUAAUCAAUAUCUGAAAGAACUUGCAUCUCUGUCAGAAGCCCAGACUAGGACAGAGAAAGACAGUAGUAUGGAUGAAGGCUCUUCCACAGUGGCCAGUCUUCCUCCUGAUGUCCAGAGUGUACAAGCCUAUGAUGAUCUUUGUGAAACUGGUUUGGGGAUGUCUACAAAGUCAAAAUAUUUUGGCAAGAAGGAAGUAAAUCGUGGGCGUUAUUCUGUACCUCAUGUGACUGAAGUUCUUAAUGAAGAGAGACCAUUUGUUCCGAAGGUGUUAGAUGUAACAUCAGAAGGAGAGUUUUUUGAGGAGCCAUAUGAAACUCCGAAGAGCUCCAAUAGCUCUGUGAAAAUCAAACCUAUAGAGCAUCAAAGAGGAAAGCAGCUCUCCAUUUCGGAUGUAGAUAGUCCUCAGGAAGAUCAAAAGAUGGAAAAAACGAAGGAAGGAAAGUCUGAACAGAAUGUCAUGGCUGAGGUGGUUCCUAGCACCAUUUCUCACUCAUUCUCUUUAGAUCAAGAUGCAGAAGUUCCCAGUAAUAGAGAGAUCUCUCUAAGUGAUCGUCAGCCUUCUCAGACUGUUGUGUCAAGUGCUGCCUCCAAUACUUCCAUUUGUUCAAAGGAACAAGAAGUCAAGGAAGAAGUGCCUACAGAAGAGAAGCUAAACACAUCAGGAACUGUGAGGCAGAUGCUCCAAGAUGAAAUGUUUAAGUUAGUUCAGCUACAGCAAAUCAACUUCAUGAGUUUAAUGCAAAUAGUGCAGUCAUCCUUUGCCAACCUGCCAAAUGUGCAACAAAUUUUGCAACAGCAACAAUCUGUUCACCUGGAAGGAAGCCAGCCUGCACAUGCUACCAAAGGUAAUGGCUUUCUGAAAACACAGCUGCCUGCUCAAGAAGACAAAGAAAAACCUGGUGAAAAGAAUUCUGAUUUUCAACCAAGGAAUAGUUUAAGAGAUGAAAGCAACAAUGACCAUAUAAAAAACCAUCUGGAUGUGAAUGUUUCUUCAAGCCUGCUAGAAAGCCACAGCGAAGAUUUGCGUUCUUCAGUACCUGCUAAACCACUUUAUCUCAUAGCUCCUUCUGCAGACAUCCAGGAAACACCAAAGCUUAUCCCUAUUGGAAGAAACUUGAAUUACUCAAAUGGAUUUCCUUUGCUUAAGCUUGAAUCAGGUUAUCAUUUCAAACCGGCAUUUUUGCAUCCAAUGGAAAUGUCAUCAGCUUUUGCUAGACUGCCCCCAGUACCACGAGUAGCUUGGAGUUCAUCAGAUUCUAUAUGGAACCAUCAGUUAUCAGACAUACGAAGGAAGAGUAAGGCAAAAGAAGACGUCAACAUGAGUAGGCACGACCCUGAGAUCCAAAGGCAGAUGCAUGAGGAAGAGAGAAGAUGGGCAGAAACGGUACAUAAGGGACCUCCCAAACACCUUAAUCUAAGUUGGUAUGAAGGACAGCAAGAAGUUUCACCUCAGCAGCAAUUCUCUGCAAAUAGGAAUAUGAAGAAAGCACUGAUCACUCAGAACCUGGCUGGUAUUCCACUGUUGCACUUGCAAGUUGAUCCAGUACCUAGACGUCCACCAGUUGUAAGUCAGCCAACCGCUACUACUUUAAUACCUGUUAAACCUGCAACAAAGGAGACUGACUGCAGAGAAGCACUACAGCACACAGGAUUAUCACUACUCCAUGCUAAUUUACCUCAAAAAAAGAAGGCACCAAAAUUCAUUCCACUUGAAGAUCUCAUUGCAUUUGAGCAGCGCCACCAGCGUCAUACUGUGCCCAGUACUUCCUUUGGACAAGACCAAAGUGAACCUAUCCAGUUACUAAAAAUUGAUGUUGAACCAUUUGAACUAAGAGAUGUGCAGAAUCAUAGAAAAAGACAAAAAAGGCGUGGUAAGAACCAAAUGAAAGACAAAGAUGAAAAGCAGAAACCAAGUGUGUCCUUCUGCCCAGAUGACUCCAUCAUCAGUAGCAGUGAUACAGUGAUGGUUGCUGAAUCAGGGACUGGGGAUCAACAAGAAAAAUCUGCAUCAUGCCUUCAAGAUGGUUUUUUCAUUUCAGUGGACACAGUGGGAGAAGCAAUUACUACUUCAGCAGAUCUACAUUACAUGGCUGCGACAGGAAAAAAACCAGCAGAAACGCAGGAUGCAAGUACAAAUACUCACCCAGUGCUCAAAUCAUAUCGGGAUGUUGGAAUCAGUGCUUGCAGUGAGGUUUCUGAAGUCCAAAAAAAUGAAUCAGUCAACUCUGUUCCUGUGUCAGAAUCAUCUAGUGCAUUUGAGAUACUACCACCAGACAUGUAUUUAAACCUGAGAUUCCCCACUCAAGUGAAUGAGAGACCUUUGUCAUGCUUUCUGUCAGAUGCACCUGAUUUGAGUGAACAUAAGUAUGUCAGUGUGAUUGACAUUGAAGACAGUGACAUCCUUAACAAUUUGCCCAUGAUACCUGAGUCUGCAGAAGAGACAGCUACUGCACAGCAAAAUGCUAACUUUGAAAUUCCAUCUACUGCAAAACUUGAUCACACGGCAGCUUCUGUUAAUAAUGCAGUUCCACCCGAGGCACUUUGGAAGAAAGAUGAUCAUCUGAAAAACGUAUCAAGCCAAGUGCAAAAGGAAGAUAAGUCAAAUUCUGCUGCAGACAGUUUAACUUGGAACAUGUUACAUGAAGAUGACAGAACUUUCCCUUCUUCAGGGCUUCCAUCCAAAAUAAUUGGCAAAGAAUACUUUUCCACAAAGCAGCAGGAAAUAGAUAUGCAAUUACAGACACUACAGAACAUAACAGAAAAUAUGGAGGAGGAUUUCAGAAAUACUAAACUGCUAGUGAAAAUAAUAGAAGAUUUUGAAAUGGCUGCCAAUUCAGACCUUGGUGCUCGUCCUUCAUUCUCUGAAGAUGCUAGAGUCAUUGAUGAUGGCUUUCACAUAUGCAGAGACCUAAGUGAUAGCUUUUUAGAAGAUCCCCUGCAAAUUACUGGUCUGUGUGGUGUUACUGACAUCAUUAGGGAUCUUGUAGUAGAAGGUGACAUGUCUCCGUCAGAGCUGGGCUUUCCAAAAAUACAGGCUAAGAAAAUCUCUGAUAUGCUAGAUUAUUUCCCAUUUACAUCUGCUCUCAGGGUUCAUGAUUUUCCUGCUGGACAUUCUCAAAGAACAGAGAAGGAGAAGAAGGAGAUACAAGCCUGGAUGAAAAAAAAGCAAAAGGAAAGAAUGAGAGAAUAUGUGAAGAAACGAGAUGAACAGCGACAGAAGGAGCGUAAUCCAUUCAAUCUAAGAAAGAACGUGCAUCAUAGUCCUACCUCAAAGGACAUUAAAUUAUUCCAGAAGAAGAAAGAAGAAAAAGACAAAGCCCUGUUUUCUGAACAUCACAGUGUGAGAAUAUCCCAGGCACUUUCUCUGAUGAAUGAAAUGUUAUCUGAAGCAAUGGUGUUACCUGCAAAUGAGUGUAGACCAUUGUCCAGGACAAGAUCACCUCAAGAGUACAGCAGGUGUAUAGCAUCUGCUAAAAGAGGUCAUCCAGACAGUCCCAGUCUGUCAGAAAGGAGCAGAAUUGCUGCCAAACCCAGCUUCAGUCAAAAAGUACACCAUCUCAUGCCAGCUCUUGGUUCAACACAGUCCAGGGGAAAUGCCUCUGUGCUCCCGCAGAAAAGUACUUCCAGAGGAAGAAUGAGAAAUGCUGCAAACUGUCCUGUUAAUUCUAGACAGUCUGCUGAGCACAGAGUCAGCAGAAUGUCAAAACAAAAGCCUGCAUAUGUUGCUGCUGCAGUUCAGACGGAAGGUGUUGAUCAAGAGAGUGAUCGAGACGUAGUAAGUCCUUGGACGGUGCCUGAUGACAUCCAAAGAAUACUUCAGGAUACUCAUGACUCCUUGUUUCAGGCGUCUGCACUGCAUCCUGUGAGUUUCUCUCCUCUCGGCAUUGUGGACACUGAUGGUGUUUCGGAAAGCACGGGAAGUAUCCUCAGCAAACUGGACUGGAAUGCAGUCGAGGCUAUGGUAGCAGAUGUGGAAGAGAAGUGAAAAAAAAUUCUCAGCUGCUGUGCACUUCCAGUUACUGGUGUUUGGUUUCAUUAAUAAUUGUUGUACUUAAAAUGGAUUGAGGCUUGCAUUGGUGUUCUUCUUAAGCAGCACAGAAAUUCUUACUGUUUUCGGUCUUGCCUAGACGAAAUGCAAUUCCUUAACAUGUAGUUUGCAUUCCAUAUGUCUUCAGGUCAACAAGAACUAAAUACAGUUGUAAAUGUAGACCAGCACUCCUAAACAAGAACAACUGGGUCAGCUACUUUACCUAAAAACAUACAUAUGUAAAAAGUUCUAUUUUAACAGCUCUGCACAACUGGUUUACCUUUUGUAUUUAGUAUUUAACGUCAUUAUGGAUGAAGUUAUUUUUGUAACUUAACAGUUGCAAUAAACUGAUCUAACAAAACUGA